GACAGCUGUCAGAUAUUUGACGUUUGUUUGGGAUUCAACGAUUUUAAGUAGUUUAUUAACGUAGUUAAUUAGUUUUACUUGAUUGGCGAUGUCCAGUGCAAAAUUACAGGACGAUAUAAACAAUAUACCUUUGGCAGACGAUGAUCCACAGGUAAUAAUAAAUGACGAGCCAGAUCAAAACUCGAUGUCUGAGGGUAAUUCCUCGAGUAUGAUGCAUGGAAGAAGCAUGGACUCGAUUCAGUCAAACUUUACGAAUGGAAGUUCAAGUCCACAACACAAUAGUUUAGAGGCCGAUUCGAGUCCUGACGAGCAGGAAGAAAAAGCUAGACUGAUUUCACAAGUGCUUGAGCUGCAGAAUACUCUGGAUGAUUUGUCUCAAAGGGUGGACAGUGUGAAGGAAGAGAAUCUCAAGUUAAAAUCAGAGAACCAAGUGCUAGGGCAAUAUAUUGAAAAUUUGAUGUCGGCUUCAAGCGUUUUCCAGUCCACAUCGCCGAAAAUCAAGAAAAAAUGAGGUUUUUAUUUUGAUUUGACUACUAAUUCCAAAGAUUAUGUUAAUUGCAUCUAAUAUGAGUGUGUUAUUUUGGAUUGAUGAACGGCACAGUGCUUAUUCUCUAAUAUUGCACUAAAUGUUAUUUUAAGCCUGUGAUUUAUUUUAUAUAUAUAUAUUAUAAGUUCUUGAGAAAUUGUCUAAGCCAUAGGUUA